CUGGACAUUAACAGAGCAGAAUCGUUUUCAGUGGGACUGGAACCAAAAAAACCUACAAAAGAAGGAUCACAGUUUAGAAAGACAUAGUGAUCAAUUUAUAUUUUGUGCUGGUUAGACGAGUCGCCGGUAUAUACGUGUUAAUCUUGUGAAAUACUCGCCAAAAUGUAUUUUAAAACAUUUUGUGUGUUUAUAUUUUGUUUAAAUUAUAUCUCAUGUGCUCAGGAUGUGGAAGUGAAGUCUGAAGAAGAUGUGGGAGUGAAAUAUGCGAGUCGUUGCGAGGUGUGCAAAAUCCUCGCCACAGAACUCCAGAGCCGCCUAGAAGAGACCGGAAAAGUACGUGAAGUUAUAGAAAUUGGCUACUCCGUCGACGACGUACAGCCUAAAAAGAAAACCAAAUAUCAAAAAUCUGAACUCAGGCUUAUAGAAUCUUUAGAGGGUGUAUGUGAACGAGUACUAGAAUACAAUGUACAUAAAGAACGUACAGACAGUACCAGAUUCGCUAAAGGUAUGAGCCAAACAUUCAAAACUCUUCAUGGCUUAGUAGACAAAGGUGUAAAAGUAGAACUUGGGAUUCCACUGGAGCUGUGGGAUAAACCGUCAGCUGAAAUCACGCACAUGAAAACACAGUGUGAGAGUUUGCUUGAGGAGAAUGAAAGUGCUGUAGAGGAAUGGUAUUGGAAUCAUCAGGGCAGUGUGGACUUGAUAGGUCAUCUCUGUACCAAAAAUGCUCUUCAUGGCGCUGAUAAUUCCUGCUUGUAUGAAGAACCCAAAAGUGAAGAAAAGGGAGAGCGAGGGAAAACAGAACUUUGAGGCUUACAGUUCUCCUUAUAGUACAAACGCUAGUUAUUCCAAUAAUUUUGGUACCAUGUGAUAUAGAUUCUUUUAGUAUAACUUGAUUGUAAGUCAUGAACAAUAAAAAAGAUUACGUAGAAAGUAAGUGACAUAGUCAUCACAAAAGUGGAAUAGUCUUGACUAUCAUAAUAUCAGGAAUUCAAAGUUUUGUAUUGUAUUUUAAUUACGAGUUACAUAUUUCAAUGUAUAAUAUUCACUCAGGGAUAGUUAGGUAAUAAUAAAUCUGAACAAAAAUAAUUUUAUCACAAACUGUGACUUUUUAGCAUUUAAUUUUCCUGUGUAAUCUUUGUAAAUUUGACCUACAAUUGUCCGCAACCAAUAAAAAUUUGAGUUUUAAUUUAAAUAUCAUAUUACAUAU